UCUCUCUCUCUCUCUCUCUCUCUCUCUCUCUCUCUCUCUCUCCUGCUUUUGCCUGGAAGAAAGUUUCUCAAAAUAGUGGAAGUAGUGACAAGAAAGACACAUUGAUGCUAGUUCUACAUAUCAUCCCACAAGGCGAUGCCAUGGGUUCCAGAAACGGAAAAAAGAAGAGCGUCACUGACCAAUUCUGAAUCCAGGCGCAGAAGUAACUCCUAAUGCCUGAAGAUACGUUGGAGAUGAUGGCUGGGAGGGAAGCUAAGUUAUUGAAUGCAAGGAGAACAGAUGUCAAGGUGACAGAUACUAAGCCAAUUCCAACACCAAUAUUUACGACUACGACGACGACAACUGAGGUUACAUCUGAAGUGACAACUAGCGUGUCAACUACGGUGACGGAAAUACCCUGCACAUCAGCGGACGGGACCGUGUACCACCUGUAUCAAAGCUGGGAAGAGGGCUGCCAAACCUGUUCUUGCGAAUACAGUUAUUGGGAUAACCGCAUCGUUAAGAAUUGCUACAAAAGUUAUUGGUAUUACUACUGUUCCCCAAAACCUCACAGAGAUUGUGUCGUCGUUGGAACAUACAAUUCGGGAUGCUGUAAUGAAUAUUUUUGUGACAAUACAACAUGCAGAUCGGACAAGGGUCAGUACUACGCCAUUGGGGACACCUGGAGCCCAGCCGACGAGCCUUGCAAGAAGUGCACCUGUCAGGCGGACGGAGACGCCACCAAAACCGAAUGUGUCGCCAGAAACUGCCCCGAUCCGCCAGGCCCCAAUUGUCGUCCACUCACCCUGCAGUUCCAGUGCUGUCCUUACGACUGGGAUUGCUCUGACUCAUACUUAAUCACGACGCCAAAGAAAUGGGUCAGAGGGCAGGAAGCGUCUAUCUGCGUCUUCCUCAUCGGCUCACCAGACAUAACAUUGAAUUUCUCGCUCAAAGACAAUUCGGAGGUUGUGUCCCAGGUCAGCCUAGAACAAACGGCUGCAAGCGGAUACCACUGUGUGAAUGUGACAGUUCCCAGCAGCACUGGGUAUAAUUCUGUGCUUGAAAUUUCUGGAGAAAUAAACACUGCCUCCAUCUCCGAAAAACGCGACCUGAUUCUUGUGUCCCUCUCCCAGACUUUUAUCCAAACCGACAAAUAUCUGUACAUGCCGGGCCAGUUAGUGCGGUUCCGCAUCCUGACCAUUACUGGAACGAGAGCUCUCGUUUCUUAUGAAGACAUUCCAGAGAUAUGGAUCAUGUCGCCUAGUGGCAGAAGGUUGACGCAAUGGAAAAACACCCCUAAUCCAGUUGGACUGCUGCAGUUGGACUUCCAGUUAGCUGAGGAGGUGGAAGAGGGCACUUACCAGAUUUUCGUCAGAACCGAAGAGACAAGAGCAUCGCAGAGUUUCAAAGUGGAAGAAUAUGUGUUGCCAAGAUUCAGCCUCACCAUUCAGCCACCCCCUUAUGUCUUGGCAACCGACACAGAGGUCGUUUUCUCUGUAUGUGCCAAGUACACCUUUGGUCAGCCUGUCAAGGGAACUCUUAAGCUGUCUGUGACCAGGCCCUAUUAUUAUUAUUACUACUACUACAAUCAACCAACGUUUGUAUAUGUGGAGAAGACACUCAGCGGUUGUGACGAAGUCAGUGUAGCAACGGUUAACAUUGGUUACGUCGGAUAUCAAAUAGAAGUGAAAGGUUCUUUUGUGGAAGAGGGAACAGGCAACGUCGCGAAUGCCACAGCUUCUGUGGAAGUGCACUACGCAUCUUCCAUUUUAGAAACCAUCACCCCUGAAGAAAACGUGAAACCUGGACUGCCGUUUAACUUCAGAGUGAAGGUGACUAAACCAGGUUCUUCGACAUCCGAGGGCGUAAUUGUUUCAGUAUGUGUGGGCUAUGGCAGUACUUGUAAAAACUACUCAGCGGAUGAAUCCGGAAUCAUCAACGCCUUCAUUCCUCCUCACCUUCUUGUGGACUCCUCAUAUGCCUAUAUUUGGGCACAGGACCUCAUUGAAUAUCAGCAAGGCAAUCUGGGUUGGCUAUAUUCUGGUUACACUAGCACAACCCCGUCAAGAUUCUUUUCUGCAUCUCAGUCCAGUCUCAGCCUGGGGUUGCUGCCUAAGUCACACAAAUGUUCACCUGGUGGAGACACCAUCACAAUCCCUGUGAUGUUUGUGGCUAACGAUACUUCUUCCAUCAUUCUGCACAUCCAGGUGUUCUCAAGAAGUCAGAUCACGUACACCAGCGAAGAAGUCCACGACUUGACUCCAAAUGACCUCCCAAUCAGCGAGUCAGAUCUUCUGGAGCCUUUGCAACCACUCAAUGACAGCAGCCUCAUCCAAGGAUACUUCAACAUUGACAUUCCCUUAGGGCCAUUGACUUCACCUUAUCUUAAGGUCCUGAUAUGGUACUCCCGCAGCGAUGGCGAGGUCGUAUCAACCUCUGGAAGCGCAGACGUGAGCAAAUGCCUCAGGAACCCGACCUCCCUCAGGUGGGAGACGAAAACGGAUGCUUUGCCCUCGCCAAAGGAUGACGUCAGUCUCGUCCUAUCAUCCGCGCCGAGCUCCGUCUGUGGCUUAGGGGUGGUGGAUGAAAGCGUUGAACUGCUCUCUGGAGGUCAGCGAGGAACCCCGACACUUGGAACAAUAUUCCAGUUGUUCGAAGCAGCAGAAGUUAACCCGUGGGAAAACUCACAAGUCAAUGAUUAUCUUUAUUGCAAUGGCAAUAACAAAAACUUUGUUAUCGAUUACGACUACGGCACCGAGGUGCCUGCAGGAAGUCGUAGAAGAAAGCCCAAUGGAUACACUAACAUGCAAGAUGCCUUGAAAUCUUUUGACGUGGCUGGGGCGUACGUCAUAAGCGAUCUGACUCUGGAGACAAGGCCCUGUUAUUACUCCUAUACUUACUACUAUGAUUAUGAAUUCAUUGAUUAUGGCGCUGCAGGGAUGACCACCUCGGCUGAAUUUGGUAAUCUCCUCACUACAACAGACGCUACGGCAUCUUUCGCACCAAUCACAGAACCUAUCUAUACUACCACAAGUGGGUAUGUGGAUAUAGUCCCUAAUCCGGAAAAAGUCGAACUCGAUAGGACCUACUUCCCUGAAACGUGGCUCUGGGAAAUCGUUGUCAUUAGCGAAAGUGGCGAGACGGUGAAGGAGGUCGAACUUCCGGAUACGGUGACGACGUGGGUGGGCGAAGCCGUCUGCCUCCAUCCGGAGUUGGGCAUCGGACUAAGCCCCAAGUCCUCCAUCACCUCCUUCGUGCCCUUCUUCCUAGACCUCAGUCACCCAGCCACCGCCCGCAGGAACGAGAAGGUCCCCGUCCUGGUCUCCGUCUUCAAUUACCUGACCGAAAGUCUGCCUGUGACCGUUGAGUUGCUGCCAAGCGCCGAAUACACGUCCCCGACAUAUUCGACGAAGACCUGCGUCUCCGGCAGCGGGAAGGAAGUGGUGCAGUUCCUGGUGGUGCCUCUGGGGGCCGGGGACGUCAACCUCACCUUCAGUGCCUCCAUAGACACUGCCGACGGAAGUUGCGGCGGGACAGUUGACGUCGAAAGGAGCGACACCGUCAUUCGCCCUUUGAAAGUGAAAUUCGAAGGAAUAACUAAAGCAUCGACACAUGGGCAUUACUUAUGUGGCAAUGACAGCGCCUUUACGUGGUCCGCCGAGAGUUAUCCUGGGACUGUCAACGGCUCAGAUAAAAUUUACAUCUCUGCUUCCGCUGACCUCCUAGGACCGACCCUUGAGGUAAGAAGAAUUCCUCCCAGUUGCUGGAGUCAGCUACCAGCAAGAGCUGCGCUACCAGCACUAUGGACGGAUACUUCAGCGCCUUUGUUGAUCCCUGAUCCCCUUAUUCUGCUGAGAUUAGCCAGAUUCGCUGAACAGCAGAAGCACCAAUAUGCAGGAGGCGUCGAUGGUUCAGAAGCGUCUCUCACAGCCUACGUCCUCAUAUCUCUUCUGGAAGGGAAUCUAACGCAGGACGUCCAGGUCAUAGCAAACGCCGUCGCUUGCAUCCCCACAGCCACCACAAGUAGUACCACAUACAUUAAGGCCCUGACGGCAUACGCUCUCUCCUUGGCGGGCGACAGCAGCGCCGCUGCUACGCUCAUUUCAGAUGUGUACAACAGUUUGACAUCAGGAAGUUCAGGGCUGUCUCAAGCUCUGACGGUUGAAGCUGCCGCCUACCUCCUUCUGGCCAUGCUUAUGAAAGUCCAGGAUCAUACGCUGCCUGGCACUUGA